CAAACCGCCUUUUAUUUUCCUUUCCCGAAACGAGAAACUUGGGCGAUGAAACCCCCAGGGCUUGAAACAGCGAAACUUUGAGCGGCAAGAGAGCGGUGGCGUCUGACGGCGUGGUCGGGGAACGCAGCCUUGGUGUUAACGUCGGUUGAGAUGGUGACGCGAUGAUGGUGAGCGACGGAAUUGAAGAUAGCGACAUGCUCCGGCGAAAAUCGCAGUGAAGGGCAAUGGAUGGGAAGAAUGUUGGGGAAUUGUGUAGUCCAUGUAAAGAGGAUGUGGAUACAGAGCAUUGCAAGGUUGACUUUACCUUAGAGCAGGAGAGUCACAGCCCAGACAUUGCCAAUGUCGAUGUAGAGCAAUCCACUUUAUUUGCAGAAGAGGAUUUGAAAAUAGAUGAGUUGCCAUCAGUUGGCAUGGAGUUUGAAUCAGAAGAGGACUCAUAUGUGUUCUACAAUAGAUAUGCUAGUGUAGUUGGUUUUAGUGUCCGGAAAGAUUUUUUAAAUAAAAGUAAGGUAAAUGGUGCAGUUGUAUCUAGAAGGUUUACUUGCUUCAAAGAAGGAUUUAGGCGGAAAGACAAACGCGAUGUUCAUGUGAAGAAACCACGAAAACAAACAAGAACUGGUUGUUUGGCACAAAUGACCAUAUCUCGUCAACCAAAUGGUAAAUACCGCAUAAUCCAUUUUGAAGCAAAUCACAAUCAUGAUGUUGUCAGCCCACAUCUAGUUCACAUGUUACCAUCACAAAGGAGAUUAGCAUUUGCUCAAGCUGUUGAAGCUGACUUUAGAGUCCAAGAAGACCUUAAGUUGGCAUCAUCAAGUCGCUACAAGGAUAUGUGCCUUAACGUAAUUAAGAUAUCAGCAAGGGCUGCCAAAUCAGGAGAAGCAUUUCAGUUUGCUGUAGAACAAUUUGAUAAGGUGAUACAAGAGGUGGAAAAGAUGAUGAACGUAAAACCUGCUGAUGAGAGUCAAAUUUGCAAACAUGGUGCAAGUGAUUCUGAAAGUAAAUGUGUGGCAAAGAGCGUUCACAAUGAUGCAGCUCAACACAAUAUUUUUGCUGGUUCUAUGAAAUUUAGCGAAGAUUUACAGGCUCCUGUUUCAAACACCAUUUCCUCCAUUCCAUGCCUGACACCAGCUUACUGUUCGGUUCAACUCCCAACUCCAAGUUUAGUUCCACAGGGGUUGGAUGGUGUUGGAACAAAUCCCUUGAUCAGUUUCACAUAUGAAGCACCAAAUUUAGCCAUGUGCCAACAAAGUGAUUACAGCUUUUAUCACCAGUCAAACGCUAGUCAACAUGGCUUUCUUAGUCAUAUGCAUUUACCGACAAUGGACUCUGAAGACCAACACACUCAGUCUCCUUGAUUUACCGUCCUUGGUGGAAAAUUAGAUGCUGCACUUGUAUGGUUGGUGGGGAAUUUAUAUGGUCGUUAUGUUUGUUUCCUGUAAAUAGGGUUACAUAAGCAAGUGAAAAUAUAAAAUAGUUUGCUCACGUGAAAAUAUAAAAUAGUUCUAAUGAAUAUGAUAGGAUGCAAGUAGACAAAUCUGCUGAUAGAUUUGGAUGAUGAGGGAGAAGAAGAUGAAGAAGAGGACGUUUCAGCUUAAGAAGGGUCAGGAGAGGUAAAGCUUGUUUUCGUGAAGCACUUAUGUGUGUGUUUUUUUCUAUUCUGCCUGAGCAGCCUGACAAUGUUAUUUGCUCGCCAGCAAGAAGUGAAGAUCCGAACUGAUUUUAUCGGACAAUGCCAAAACAAGUAGGGCAUAAUUAUUUCCAAUGGAGUUCUUUGAUCCGGUGACUAACUGAUCUACAUAUCCCCUCCAAUGACCAAACACAUAUAGAAAAUAAAAAAUAGAAAAGAAAAACAAGAAAAUAAAAAAUAGAAAAGAAAAACAGUCUCUUCUUUUCUGUACCAGGUAGUUUAAUUGUACUUUCUUAUCUUUUUAAAGUAGUUGGCCAAAGGGUUUAAGUUCUUGCAUAAUAAAUGGGUAUGUGAAAAAAGAAAAAGAAAAACUCAGCUGUUUUCCUUGUAAUAUGGGGAAAAGUCUAUAAUUGAUGACAUUGUGGCGUCAGCUAAGAGAGGAGUUAUGAGAUAGGGAAUUUUACACACAAAUUCACUCGCAUCACAUUUUGUUGCACAAUGUCAGAUGCCUAUAGGCUAUUUUCAUUAAACGAUAAUAAUAAUUUUUUUUAAUGGUUUUUUUUUUUUUUUUUUUUUUUUUUUUUUUUUUU